ACAUUGUUCACUUUGCAAAUGGAACUAAAAAUUAGCCGACCGUUUGGUUUAUUAGAUGUCGGUAAUAUUCAGUCAGGAACACGGAGCACCAAAGAUAUUAGGAGCGGUUAACAUUACCUAGAGACAGCGUCACCAUGGCAUCAUCGUCGUACAAGAGCAAAACUGUGCAAUUAAUAAAGUGCUUCUGCGGUUGCUCGGACAUGACCGUUGAGGAAGUGCAGCGCAUUUACACUCUAACAAACAGUGUUCAACAAACGCUGCUGGACGGCGAUGCCAGGAGAUUACUUCAUCGGUAUCUGGAGCUGCAUCGGUCAGGUGACAAAAACGAGGUCGAACAGUAUCUGGAUGUCUAUGAGAAAUGCGACGAAUAUCUGCAGGAGGAUCAGCGUACUUUUACUCAGGAUGAAAUUGACGAACUUUGUGAUUUGGGAUUACCCUUUGAUUUGGAACAGGAUCUGACAAGACGCACUCGUAAUGGGCAGCGUACUGAGAUUAAUCUUGGUCUUAAUCGCAUCCAGGGAAAAUGUCGCAAUGAGAUUGAAGCGAGCAGCAAUUUUAAAGAGUUUAGGAAUGCAAUUCUCGCAAAGAUGAGGAGAGGGACCAAAUGAUGCAAGAUGAAAGCAAAAAAAGGUAGAGAGAGAGGUGCCUUUUGUGUUCACAUAAUAAUAUCAAAGUGAUAUAGAUUCAUUUAUGGAAACCGCACUAAACCUCACUUGAUAAUCAGAUCCCCACACAUCUUACCAUUGGAACAAGUCACAAUUACUUAGUCACUGGUGCAACGAAACCGUCCUCCGGUUAUCUCUUAGUCAUUCAUUAAAUAAUACUUAUAAGUGUUCCUUAAAACGAUAUCCUUACCGCAUAGAAGAGAAAUGUAUUCUUACAAUUAAAUUAUGUUAUAUUUGUAUGUA